AUGUCUGCCGAAUAUGAUCACGAAAAUGGCCGCUACGACGGUAUGUUUGAUGGUUACAUCAGCGCCUGCACCUCGACUCCUGGUCACACAAUCAACGUGCUAAUCUAUCCCCGUUCAAUCGAUCCCAUCGAUGAUGAUGAGGAGGGCGCCAUCAACACUGGCUCCAACCUUUUCGUCACGGGUAUCCACCCUCGCCUGACCGAGGCCGAUAUCUCGCGCCUGUUCGAGAAGUACGGUGAUGUGGAGAACUGCUCCAUCAUGGUCGACCCUCACACCAAGGAGUCCCGUGGGUUUGGCUUCGUCAAGAUGGUGACGGCGGAGCAAGCCGAUGCCGCCAAGGAAGGUCUGCAAGGCGAGGUGAUCGAAGGUCGCACUCUCAGCAUCGAAAAGGCUCGUCGCAGCCGUCCCCGUACCCCGACUCCCGGCAAGUACUUUGGUCCUCCCAAGCGUGCAUCUGCAGAAUUCCGUGGUGGACAUGGCCGCGGCCGUGGUGACCGCUACGAUGACCGCCGUGGUCCCUAUGGUGGCAGCUGGCGCCGCAAUGAGUACGACCGCUAUGGCCGCUAUGACUCCUACAGUGAUCGCCGUGACUAUGGCGGCCGCGAUUACGGUGACUACCGUCGUCGUGACUACCGUGACGACUAUGGUUACCGCGGUGGUGGUGGCAGCGGUGGCAGCGGCAGCGCUGGCGGUAUUGACCGCUACGCCUCUGGCCGUGGUGAGGAGCGCUAUGGCCGUGAGGACCGCCGGGAAGAGCGCCGCGACGACCGUCGUGGUGGUGGUGGUGGCGGCUACUACGACCGCGACGCCAACCCGCCUAGCUACGGUGGUGCUCCGCCUCGCGAGCCUUAUGCCGGCGGCGGUGGCGGCGGCAGUGGCCGCUCUUAUGAGCCUCGCGAAGAAAGAUACGGUAGCAGGUAA